AUGUUGUUGAAUUUUGCCUUGCGUGUUGUUAGCGCGUCCGCCGCAUUUUUGUAUCCAGGUUAUGCAUCGUACAAGACAUUGUCGCAACGGCCUGCCUCUGAAGCCGACCUCGAGCGCUGGCUGAUGUACUGGAGUGUCCUUGGCUGCAUAGUUGCCGUGGAAUACGUCGCCGAAUGGCUCGUCUCAUGGUUACCUUUAUACUACACCAUGAAAACCGCAUUCCUUCUCUAUCUGGCGCUCCCACAGACAGCCGGCUCAGCAUACCUGUAUCGUGUGUAUCUGCGCCCAUUCUUUGCAUCACACGAGGACGGAAUCGACAACGCGCUCGCGCAGCUCAAAGCAUACGUGUACCAGACCCUCCAAAACCUCCUUCGCAGAGCAUGGGAGCAUGUCUCCACGACCCUCCGUCAAAUGCCAACCCCAGGCAACGAAGCACCCCUAGCGGAAGCUGCUGCGGCGCAGACAGUUGCAACCCCCAGUCUUGGUGAUCCGAGUUCAGGCCCGAUGCAGCUCGCACAGGGCCUGUGGCGAAGCUAUGGGCCUGGUAUCCUUGCUUCAGGUGCGGUGUUCCUGCGCCAGGCCCAGAAUUCCGUCGCGCAGGCUGCGACUUCAUCUGCGCAUGCACAAGGUGUCGAAGAUCGUCGGAGACAUGUGCGUGACGAGCUGGCCACUGAACACACCCCAGGCAUGAGCGGAUACGACGUCGAGCCGAUCUCAAGCCCCGAGUCCGGCCCCGGAGAGUUGAUACCUCCGGCGAACAACGACUCGCGCCAUUCAUCGGACGCAUCGUUACGAGAGCGUGCGGGCGGGAACAACAAAUCGAAUUUUGAAGAAGUGGAAGUUCCGAGCGAUGUGGAGGGGGAUAAGGGUGGAGGACAUGGCGUGGAAAAGCCUAGUCAGGUCCGCCGCACGAGUUGGUUCGCCUGGGGCACUUCUGUCACGUCUGGUAAGGGUGACGAGCGGGUCAAGAGUGAUUAA